ACCUCGCGGGGCAUUCUUUCUGAAUCUCCUCGCGAGCUGGCUUUAAGAUCGAGAGUUAUCCUCACUUGUUGCCUUUCGUAUCCUCUGACACCAUGGCUUCUUCAUUUACCCAUAUCAUUGCAUUCAAGUACAAGCCCGAGGCCACGGCUGAGGCAAUCCAGGAGUUUGAGGAGACUUUCCUCGGUCUCGAGACCAACUGUCGCAAACCAGACGGCACGCAGUAUCUGACAGUUCGCGGAGGGAAGCAGAUUUGCACCCAUCCGCCUGCGCACGGCAUGCAGUCCGUGUUUAUCGUCGAAUUUGCCAACAAGGAAGACGAGAAGUACUUCCACGAUCAUGAUCAGGCGCACGCGGCGUUCAUACCUAAAGCGCAAGGCAUCAGCACGGAUGCAGUGAUCCUUGAUUUCUGCCCGUUUCAGCAGUCGUGAGAGGGAGUUGAAUUCCCUCGUGUGAAGCUCUCAGUGAAACUUCCCGUAGUCCGUCUAGAAAUGGACAUCUGAGAAAGACUCGCAGUCAAUGCUAGUUGUUACUUUCGACAGAGCAGCCUGUUUCCUCGACAGGAAUGUCAAGGGAAAUGAUACUACUACGAUGAUAUAGAUACCCGAGAAGCAGAGCCAGUAUAUAAUAUAUACAAGUUAGCCAGGAUCGUCACCCUAAUAAAGCAGCGGUUAU